UUCCCCUGCUGUUUCCACACACACAUUAACACACACACACGCAUACACUAAUACACACACUUUUAACAGGUGAUUUAUUUUUCUGUAAAAGUGUGAAAUUAGACAGAAUGGCAGACGACUCGUAUGAAUCUAUUCUGUGUGUGAAGCCGGAGGUUCAUGUGUACAGGAUUCCUCCCAGAGCCACGAACCGCGGGUACCGGGCAGCAGACUGGAAGCUGGAUGAACCUGCCUGGAGCGGCCGAAUGAAAAUCACAGCGAAGGCUAAGAUUGCGUAUAUCAAACUUGAGGACAAGAACACAGGUGAGCUGUUUGCACAGGCCCCAGUAGAGCAGUACCCGGGUUCUGUUGUGGAAGCGGUAACGGACUCCAGCCGGUACUUUGUGAUCAGGAUAGAGGACGGCAAUGGGCGUCAUGCGUUUAUUGGAAUCGGAUUUGCUGAUCGCGGAGAUUCUUUUGAUUUCAACGUUGCGUUACAGGACCAUUUCAAGUGGGUAAAGCAGGAGAGUGAGUUUGCUAAGCAGGAGGCCAGUCAGAGUGCAGCUCCUAAACUGGACUUGGGCUUUAAAGAAGGACAAACCAUCAAAAUUAGCCUGGGGAAUAUUAAGAAGAAGGAAGCUGCCGGGGCUGCGAAGUCUCGCCCAGGGGCCGGGGGUCUGCUUCCUCCUCCCCCGGGGGCUAAAGGAGGAAUCCUCCCUCCUCCGGGCACAAUGCCGCCCCACCAAAACCCACCUGCAGCAGCACCGGCCCAAUCAAACCCAGGCCUGCUGUUGGAUUUUGCCAGACCGGCGGGUCCCACCCAGCCGUCCCAGGACCUUUGGGGGGAUUUCACUGCUGCUGGAUCAGGCGCUACUCAGGAACCUGUGAAGUCCGGGUGGGUUCAGUUUUAACAGGCUGCUGAUUGAAGGGAACCUGUUUAAGGGCAGAAAACACACACACUCGUUCUCCAGCAGCACCACACGCCUCUUCUUGCACACGUAGCUGUUGUGUUGGUCUCUGCAGGCCGGCGGAUCUGCAGGUCAGAUGGGUGUAAAAACAUCACUGUUAUUACAGCUGAGAAAUGUAUGCAUUCCACUUUUCCUUUCAGAGAGUAUUUUUGCCUCAUUUUAAAGUGUUCUGUUUUUGGUUAUCGCUUUUUAUUUUUUUCUUUUGCUUUGUUUUAAGCUCUUUCUAGAUUUUUUUCCAGAUAUAAUGAUCAUCUCAGUGAGUCCUCUUGCAGAUGUCUUUGUGUGAAGUUGUUUUUUUGGUUUGUGUGGUGGGCUUUUGUCAUUAUUUGAGGAGGUUUUAGGUUACACAGUAGUUCUAUUGUUGUUUUUAAUUCCUUUGUUUAGGGAGUCAUGAAGGAUCCUGGGAGAGCUGAAUAAUUCCCCAGAGAAAUCCAGCAUGUCUCAUCUGACGUUAGCACAGAGAUUUUACUCGACACGGAGCCAGAAAGUCCUGAUUUUUUUACUCUGAGACUAAGAUUAAGUGCUGUUAUGUUUGUGUUGAAAUGAUAGUCGAGCUAGUUUGUAUUUGCAGUAGCUGCAGCACUGAGAAACUUAAAUGGACACAAAUGGAACAGAAAAUACAGUGACUUAAAACUCACUUAUAGACCAGAUCAGAAAAUAAAAUAACACUUUUUCAUAUGUGGUUUAUUUAUACGAUACUACAAUAACAAUCAGUUACUAUCUUUUUUCCUCCUUUCUUGAAUUAGACCAUUAACAAUACAUUUGUCUGAAUACAUUUUAGCAUUGCCUUCUAAAUUACAUAAUGAUAGGGGUGGGCGAUAUGGCCCUAAAAAAAUAUCACAAUAUUUUGUGGUAUUUUCAUAAUAAUGAUACUCUUGGCGAUAUGACAAAACACUAAAUAAAAAAAAAUCAAGAAUACACUGCAACAAAAUAAAAAAAAAUACAUUCAAUUACUGUAUAAUGUAUGAUAUGGCACACCCCUAACUGAGAUAUUAAAAAUACAAGAAUUCAGAUUUGUAACAGAAGUACAGAACAAUGCACUCCAAAUAUCUCCAUAUAUCCAGGAUUAAAGUAAAUGAUAAUAAAAAAUUAAAUAAAUGAUACUGGACAGAUAUAAUCUGUCUCUAGUAGAUAUAUAAUGGGAAAUGACAACAGUGUGAACUUUUUAUUUAGCUUAAAACAGUAAAAAAGUGAUGUGAUAAUUAGGGGUGGGUGAUAUGGCACGAUAUUAAACUGGAAAUUGGGGGUGCUAGUACUUUAAAGAAUACAACAGUGUACAAAGUAAAAACUUUAUUUUCAUGCAGUCCUUUUUAUGUAUGCUAAAAGACACAACAAAAAUAAUUUACAAAUAUUUUUUUGCUUUCAAAAUUCUGCAUCUGCCCAUUAGAUUCUAUUAUAAGUGAGUUUUGAGUCAUUAAGUUUUCUGCUUAUCUUAAACUUUAGAGAAUCGUGUUAAAUAAAUAAUGUACCACGCUAAUCGUCUGUACACCAGAGAUACAGCAGAUAGAGAUACAGUUACUGAAAACUGGAGUUCUCCUUUAAUACACAGAGUAAUUUACACAAUGUUUAAAUUAAGAAAACAUGACUAAUGCAUAAAGACACAGAUAAAGUUCUCUCAGGCUGCUGCUGUUAGAGCUGUUAGUUUGUUUACAGAUUAUAACACACUUGCUGAUUCUCCCCAAUACCCAUAAUCCCUCUAUAAUAAGAUUCAAUAAAAGUAUCUUAUCUUAUCUUACCUUAUUUUACACAAAGACACACACAGACCACUUUCUGAUGCUUUUUAGUGUGAGAAUUUAUUUGUCUUAAUAGCUUUUUAAUUUGUAAACGCUUCCUAAGUGCCUUUAAUGAUGGAAUCACAUGUAUAAAAUGUAAAGCAACACUUUUAUUGUAAAUAAAUAAAAAAAUCAUUUUCCUCUCA